GAGUUGGAAAAUGUAUUUGAUAACUCUGGUAUAGGUGCAACAAUAGCACAUAUUCGAGGUGCUAAUGCUGUAGCUAUAACAGGUGCAGUCACUUCUUUUCCAAAUGUUCCACUUGGACUUACAGAUGCACAAAUUAUCCCUGCUCGAAAU